AUGAGGACAUACGCACAAGAUAAUGAGUUUCUCAAUGUCCUCGACAAGGAGAGCUCCGUAGAGCUUCUCAAGAAACCCAUUCCCGAUUCUGAAAAUGAAGAUUAUAAAGACCUUGAAAACGUCGUAAGACAAGUUGAUUAUCUCCCGCUUGGUAUCCUCGCUGCUGCAAGGUUUAUCCGGAACGAUUCACUAUCUGCUGAGGAUUUCCUCAACACUUACAGCAACAAUGAUUUGGUCCAGGAUGCCGAUGUUCAUAUACACCUUGGCAACCGCGUGGGAACUGGAAUUCGGAAAACUAGAAACAAGGGCAAGGAUUUCCUUUUUCUUCUCACUUUCCUCGACACGGACAAAAUACAAGAGGGUCUGUUAGCUGAGGGGGCACAAAAAGCAGAUCUUCCUGUUCUCCAGUUCCUCUCGGGCACGAAAAGUUUCAAUAUGUGCCGUACUUUGGUGACGCGGAGUUCUUUGGUAUCUCGAAACAAAGAAACACGCCAGAUCUGGAUGCAUCGAUUGGUGAAGGAUAAUUGCCAUUUUCGCAUGUCAACCGCAGAAAGACGAAACGCAUUCCAGGCUGCCGUGUACCUUUUAAUUGUUGCGCUUCCUGAUCGAGAAGUACACGACAGAUGGAACUUAGCACUCUGGCCGAAUGUGCACGAACAAUUGGCCCAUGUGGUGUCCCUCAAUCGCUACUUCUUAGCCUCAAGAUCCGAUGAAUCCUUUCAUCUACCACUACAAGCUGACUCGUACUUUGCGCGGCUACUCUUCAGUGCAGGCUGGCUUUUGUACGAGCAAGGGGCGUUUCAGGAUGCAUUUCGGAUGGCGGGCGUGGCAGAAGAAUGUUGCCUUGCUCACCCAGAAGACAAUUUGGAUUCUUUGCUUUCCGAUAUAUACGCCUUGAAGGCAUCACUCGACUCGGAGACGAACCAACCAGAGUCUGCUCUGUGCAACUACAGAAGCUCCGCAAGCUGCUUUGCAUCCGCAUGUCAGAAAGGUCUCAUAACAAGACCAGACGUUAGACAUGCAGGCGGCGUAGCGUCAGUAGGCCAAGGCCUACAAAGCCUCAAUAGAUCUGAAGAAGCCGAACCCUACUACCGGAGAGCUCUCGAUAUUUGGAAGGAGAAGGAUCUACCUGAAACCCCUGUCACUAUUCAGCUUGGCCUGGGCCUUUAUCUGCGGUAUCGAGGCAAAUUUGAAAAGGCGAUAGAAGUUGCCGAAGAAGUUAUAGAAUAUUAG